UAGGGAGGUGACAUGCAGCGGUAGUGGUGCGCGCUCUCACAGGUAACACACCUGCGCCUCAGAGCACGAGGAGCUUUAUUGUCGCAGGGGGAUUCAUCUCUGUUCACCUGCCUGCUGUUUGUUUUCAUCACCGUGGAGCAAUAUCAUGAACUUCACUCACUUUAACAACAACAACAACAACAACAACAACAACAACAACAACAACAACCCCUCAGCUCAUCGGCCGUGAAGAGCCCCGGAGCCAGAGGAGUCUUCUGCCGCCAUGCUGACGUUAACAGCUGCCGAGGGGGACACGCCGCGUGACGACAGCCUCUCCUCGCUCCUUGACGUGGAUCCUGACGGACCCCCCGGACAGACUGGACCCCUCGGACAGACUGGACCCCCCGGACAGACUGGACCCCUCGGACAGACUGGACCCCCCGGACAGACUGGACCCCUCGGACAGACUGGACCCCCCGGACAGACUGGGCCCCCCGGACAGACUGGACCCCCCGGACCGCCCCACCUCGCUGAGCGCCACAGAGCUUUACACAGUGAUGACGCCGAGCGUCUCCUGACGUCACUGGGGAAGCAGAGAGUGGGUUGUUCCACUGCAGCCAAACUAGACGGUCAUUGGAUAAAUGCUAGGCUUUGUCCCGCCCAUCGGAACCUCAGCGUCUCUGGGGGUCUAUGGGACAGUGGGCUGGCCCGGACGCUCUGCUUCUGCAUGAUGAUUGGAUGAUCUGUCUGAGGCUGAGUCCCUUUUUGAUUGACAGCGAAAUGAGCGAAUCAGUGAUCUUGAAGUAUAAGCAUCCACCGGAGCAGUUUUCAAGUUUUUCAUUCCGUUGUUCGGAGUUGAUCUGGAGACGUUACUGAUCCUCAGCGACUUUGUCUUUGUUAAAAACGACUAGCGUUGUGUUUGGUGACUCUCUUCUGUCACUCUGCGAAUUUACAUUUAAAUAAACGGACACAUUUUAUGAUGUAGGCCGAAAAUGAGCUUCCCCUCAUUAUAAGACCAGCAGCCGCCACUGGUCUCAGGUGAUCCGAUCACAACUGGUCAGCUCUCACUUCGUUAGUUCACACCUGGAUUUAAAAUGCGUCUCGAUUGACCACUUGUGAUCGGAUCUCACUUCCCUGCUUCAUACACAAAUUAACAGGUAUACGCUGUUGUUUUUACCUAUUGUUAGUGUGUGUGUGUGUGUGUGUGUGUGUCAAGCAUCAACCUUCAAGGCUGAAACCAGCAGCUGCAGUUCCUCUAACGACCACUAGAGUCUGGCUCCAACAGUGAGUCAGUCCCCAUAGACUCCCAUGUUAAAAUGUCCAACUUUACAGCAGAAAUAAACAUGUUUACAGCCUGGUACAAAAACUGUUUUGGUCUCUAGAGCUAAUUUCUUCCUUCAUGACACCUGUUUAUAUAACUCACCUGUUUACAUAACUCACCUGUUUAUGUUUUAUUAAGGACUAAAGUUAUGGAGGAUUGAGGGUGUGUCUUAUUUGAGUGACAGGUGGGUGAGCGUAUGCUUGCCACAAGCCGUCAUGUACCGAAGUCUCAGCUCGACGCACGCCCCUCCUCUUUGACCAUAUUUGGAUUAGCUGAGAGUUAGGGGCGGGGUCAGGCACUGGCAAGAUGGUGACAACAGAACAUCUCACUCUGAGCUUCAAAACUGCUCUUCAGAAACGUGGCGUCACGGAGGCUACGUCCAUCUUUAUUUACAGUCUAUGGGGAGAAGGGGGGGGUUAUAUAAAGCGGGAAAGUGAGGUCCAAUCACAAAUGGUCAAUCGAGACGCAUGUGUAGACGCAUUUUAAAGUCAGGUGUGAACUGAGGAACUGAGCUGACCACUUGUGAUCGGAUCACAUGUUGAUACUAGUGCUCACCUUAAUCUUAUUUUCAUCCUAAUGGCGAUUUGAACGUGUGCAAUAAACACAUCACAAAAGACUGACUUUAUUUAUGGCAAGUAAUAUCGUCAUCCCGAUGUUGAAGUAACGUCCAGUAUUACAGAUGUGUUUGAUCAACCUCCAGUUCUGGGGUAAAAUUAAUGAUUAAAAUUUGAUCAGAAAGAAAAGGUUUAUUUAGCCGCAGGUUGACAGCAUUCAAGGUCAAAGUGAGAGAGGGACAGUGUUCGCCCACGAUUAACCCUACAGUUCACAAUAAUAAUAACAAUGAACUUUAUCUGUCACACUACAAAUCACAGUUUCUCCUUUAGUCCUUCACAGACCGACAUGAAUAACUAGAACCUCCUCCUCCACUCACACCAGUUCCAGGUCACUUCCUGUUUAUCCAGCGUCACAGAAAAUACGAACCAUGUGUGAAACUUUGCCAUAAUUUCUGUGUGAAGUCUUGAGUAAUGGCUAAAAGAUCACACUGACCUUGACCUUUGACCCCCCCCCAAAAAAAUCGGGGGUCGACUGACAGGAAGUGUAAAAAUACUUCUACUAUGAUACUGCAAAUACAGGAAGUACUUUCACUGUGAUACUGCAACUACAGAAGGUACUUUAUUAGUACUGCAGUACUUAGAGUCCAGUGAUAGUAGCUGUAAUUUGCAGUACUCAGAGUACAGUGGUGGUAGCAGUAGUCAUAGUAACAGUAGCAGUAGUUUGCAGUACUCUGAGUACAGUGGUGGUAGCAGUAGUCAUAGUAACGGUAGCAGUAGCAGUAGUUUGCAGUACUCAGAGUACAGUGGUGGUAGCAGUAGUCAUAGUAACAGUAGCAGUAGCAGUAGUUUGCAGUACUCAGAGUACAGUGGUGGUAGCAGUAGUCAUAGUAACGGUAGUAUUCUCUCUCCUCCACACCGGAGCGCGCGCUGCGUGGUGCGUAAUCCGUGUCCGCGCUGUAAUCGGCGGCGCUGCGCUCCCUCCUGGAGCCGCUCUCCUCCGCUCUGCUCGCGGAGGAUUCUCCUCAGAGCUCUCUGUGGACCUGAUCUGUUCAGAGUCCCGGUUCCCGCCGUCAGCUCAGUCACAAACCGCCACCGGAGCCGCUGCUCGGUGUAUCCGGAUCCGAUCAGCAGGGCAGAGCAGCGGGGAGAGGAACAUCGAUCCUCCGCCGUUUGGCUCCGAUGUGUCAGCCUCCAGCCUGUCGGACGUCGGGCUCUGUUCACACCGCGGACAGCUGCUGCCUCUCCGGAAACCUCACCUGUAGCCUGGCUUUUCACAAUAAAGCCUCUUUGGACUGAGAUGGGAAGCACCGCGGAGAGGAGAGAGGAGGAGGAGCAGAGGAGCUGCAGGAGGAAGAGGAGGAGGCCGCUCAGACUUCACAUGCCUGAGCUGAGUGUGUUUGCGAUGCCCUUCCUGGAGGGAGAUCCGGGCGGAGCGGAGGGAGGCGGCAGCACCAAGCAGGGGGAGCCUCUGUGCCACUCUGCCAGCCCCACCAGGAGUUUCUUCCAUCGGGUUCCGUUCAGCCGCCCCUCCAGCCCCCGCUCCGCUCCAGCCAGAACCUCCAGCUCCAGGAUGAGUCCCAGCUCCCCCAAAACCCUCUUCCCCUACCACACUGGCCCCCCCCAGCAGGACUCCCCGCCCAAGUCUCCACGCAGGCUGAGUUUCAGUGGGAUCUUCAGGUCGGCCUCCAGGGAUUCAAACCAUCAACCCUCCUCCUCCCCCGUCAGCAUCAAACUGUUCACACGCAACAAGAGAGACAAGGCCAGAGCCCACAGCCUCUCCUCACCCCCUCCUCCUCCUCCCCCUCGUCAGGAGGAGGUGAGUGUUUUCCGUCUGGAGACGUACCUGACUGAGCCGAGGCGUCCGGAGACCAGGAGGCUGCGUUCCUUCUCCUCACCUCCCGACACCGGACAGCGCUCCUCCUCCCGCUGCCAGCUGCCUACUCUGGCUCCGCCCCUUCCUGUCAGGAAGCUGGUGGAGGUUGCAGACAGCAUGUCGGAGCAGCCGGACCCCGAUGAUGCCGCAUCGGAGGAGUCGGAGAGAGACAUCUACAUGCGCUUCAUGAAGUGUCACAAGUGUUACGACAUCAUCCCCACCAGCUCUAAACUGGUGGUGUUCGACACCACACUGCAGGUGAAGAAAGCGUUCUUUGCUCUUGUGGCAAAUGGAGUGAGAGCUGCUCCACUGUGGGAGAGCAAGAAACAGAGCUUUGUGGGAAUGUUGACCAUCACAGACUUCAUCAACAUCCUGACCAGAUACUACAAAUCCCCCAUGGUUCAGAUCUAUGAGCUGGAGGAACAUAAGAUCGAGACGUGGAGAGAGCUGUACCUGCAGGAGACCUUCAAACCUCUGGUCCACAUCUCACCUGAUGCCAGUAUAUUUGAGGCUGUGUACUCGCUGAUAAAGAAUAAGAUCCAUCGUCUUCCCGUCAUCGACCCAGUGAGCGGGAACGCUCUCUACAUCCUCACACACAAGAGGAUCCUCAAGUUCCUGCAGCUGUUUGUGUGUGAGAUGCCCAUGCCGGCCUUCAUGAAGCAGACUCUGGAGGAGCUCGGCGUGGGGACGUACGCCAACAUCGCCUACAUCCACCCCGACACGGCGCUCAUCACCGCGCUGUCUGUCUUCACGCACCGCCGUGUGUCCGCCCUGCCCGUCGUUGAUCACCAUGGUAAAGUGGUGGACAUCUACUCCAAGUUUGACGUCAUUAACCUGGCGGCAGAGAAGACCUACAACAACCUGGACGUGACGGUCACUCAGGCUCUCAGACACCGGUCCCAGUACUUCGAAGGAGUCAUGAAGUGCAACAAGCUGGAAACACUGGAGACCAUUGUGGACCGCAUCGUGAAGGCUGAGGUUCACAGGCUGGUUGUCGUUGAUGAGGAAUCUCGAAUUGUCGGCAUCGUCUCUCUGUCCGACAUCCUGCAGGCGCUCGUAUUAACCCCCGCAGGUCUCGGGAGGAAGGAGUCUCUCCCCUCUCAGCCAGCAGCUUUGGGCUCAACAGGACCAGAGUCAAGCUGUAAACCUGACCGGGACCGGGACCGGGACCAGGACCAGGACCCCGAGCUUUGCACAGAGAUAGAAACAGAAAGCAAACCUGAACCUGAUCUGGAACCAGGUAAAGACCCAGAGACAGAGACGGUCUGUGAGGACACUGAUACUACAGAGACCUGCCGAUGUGGGGAGACGGAGGGGGAGACAGCAGAGACAGAUGGAGGAGAGGAGGGAGGAGAGAAGGAGGAGGGUGUGAAUGAAGGGGAGAAAGUGGAGGAGGAAGAGGAGACUGGUGAAGGAGUGAGGGAGGAGGAGGAGGAUGGAACUAAGGGGGAGGAAGGAGGGGAAGUGGGUGAAGAAAAGGAGACUGGUGAAGGAGUGAGGGAGGAGGAGAACGUGGAGGAGGAAGAGGAGACUGAUGAAGGAGUGAGGGAGGAGGAGGAUGGAACAGAGGGGGAGGAAGGAGGGAAAGUGGGGGAGGAGGCAGGAGGUAGUGGUGAAGAGGAGGAAAGGAAGGAGGAUGUACAGAGGGAGGAGGAGGGAGGAGGAGAAGAGGAGGGAGGAGGAGAAGAGGAUGCAGGUGAAGGAAAGGAGGAAGAGGAGGAGGAAGAGAAAGAUGGAGGAGGGGGUGAAGGAGGGGAGGAGGGGGAGGCAGAAUGAUGUCCUCAUCUGGCGUCUAUCUGGACUUUGUCGCGACUUGCCGCGCUCAAGUCGAGCCGCUUACCACAGAAGAAGAAGAAGAGGAGGAGGGAGGGACAGGAAGUGGCGGCAGGCUGACGUGAUUGGCUGGGGAGGCUCUGGGAGUCUGAGGAGUCGCCUCAGGGUUGCCGUUCUGGAGGUGGGAGGGGGCCAGUGGGCGAUUGAGGUGUGCUGGACCAAUCAGAUCUCUGGUGGUCUCUGAGGUUCAGUGUGGACACAUCUGAAGGAGUUUCAUUGGCUCUGAUGAUCAGGACCCGUAUUCAGACAUCUUACAGAUAAAAGUUUCUCACAACUUAAAAUAAUGAGCGUCAGUCCAAACUUUAUGAUUCAUUAAUUAUGACAAGAUGUCACACUGAUGGGUGAUGUGUAAUAUUUGCUCUGACUGGAUAAACAGGAUGUGACCUGGAGUGGAGGAGGAGCAGGUUCUGGUUUAUUUACUGCAGGAUGGUCACGUGUGUUUUCAUCAUGACGUCAGACAUUAGAACUGAGUUGCUCUGUUAGUUCAGGAGUUUUCACUUCACUCAGUGAAGUUUGUCUCAGCAGCUGUGAAGAGGAUUUAGGAGAAAGCUUAGUCAGAAACUUUUAGUGCGACUCUGAGUGGUCAGAUGAAACAAGUAGUGAAUAUGGACCUGGAUCAUCACUGACAGACUCAGUCAGAGAGCUGGUGGAGACCAAACCCAGAGCUCAGAGAGGGAACACUGGACUGAGACUCUCCAGCUGCAGCUGCACAUCAGUGUGUAACAUUGAUUAUUAACAGCGAGUCUGAGCAGGAAGUGAAGCUUUAAUUACAGAGAACUCCAGGUGGAGAGUUUGUCUGAUGAACAAAGAGCCAUGAAACUCUCUCAGAAAUCCUCCUAUCAACUUUAAAUAUAAUCAACAGGAAGAAGACUCAAAGGUUUCAGAAUAAAAUAACUGUAAAAAAUAUUAUUUAUUACAGAAAUAAUCACUUUUGACAUUAUUUAACUAUCAUGUCUCCAUAUUGAUCUGUGUGACAUCAUAAAGGGGUGGGUCCAUCGUAUUGUUAUUGGUGCCUUUCAUUUUAGCCACAGCUCCUGAUUGGUGGAGAGAGUUUAAAUCAAUAAAUCAUUGUUCCAGAUGUGAGUGAAGCUGUUUAUCUGCUGUACCUGGGGUUAGAAUGAGUCAGAUAUCAAACAUUACUCAGUGUUUAUGUACAGACUGUAUGUACAUUGUUUUAUAGAGGUAAAGAAUCUAAAGUCUGCUUUGUUACUUUGGUGUAAAAUUUUAAAUGAAUCUGUACAAACAUAGAUUUUAAUGUUUAAAUUAAUGUAUUUAUAGUUUCUAGUUCACAGAUGGAUUCAGAUGAGACAAACCUGAUCACCUCCUGAACCUCUUUCUCCUAAAAUGCCUUUUUCUAAAACUGUUUUUCCUGUGUGCCCAUGGGCACUCUGGGAAAUGUAGUGUUUUAACAUGCAGUGGCAGGUGUGGGCUGAAUUUAAAUGUGAUGCGUUCGUCGUCCUCAUGUCAAGUCCACACAGGGACUAAACGAUCAGACUGAAGUGUUUCCAUGGAGAUAAACUGAAGUUCUGAUAGUCUUGUCCUGUUUUAUAAAUGUACUGUUUAUGUUGCUGUUGAUGAAGCAAUAAAUAAAACAUCUUGAUGAUUUCUUCUUUUUAUA